AUGGAAUCAUCGCCAAUCACCACUGUCUACGUCCAAAAUCUAGAGGAACGCGUCAAGAUCGAAACCCUCGUCGAGUCCUUGCGGGCUAUAUUCUCCGAGUUUGGAAAUGUUGUUGAAAUCGUGGCCAAGAAGAACCUGAAGUCGAAAGGACAGGCCUUUGUUGUAUUCGACAACGCACAGAGCGCCCAGAACGCCGUUGAGGAAACCCACGGAUUCUCACUGUUCGAUAAGCCCAUGCGUGUCGCGAUGGCACGGACAAGGAGCGACAAGACGGUAGAGAUGAAUGGAAGCGAACAGGAUCUUGAGGCCCAUAAACAGCAUCGUCAAGCAGAGAAAGAAAAGAAGAAGGCAUUCGAAGCCAGCGAGGAGCAGAAACAACUCAAACGGGGAGCCGGGGCCGCUGGCGACAGGGGAAACAAGGCAGUUCGCUCAUCUGGUCUCAAAUCAACCAGCAUAGCGGCAUCUUCCGUUGUGCCAGACGAGUACUUGCCUCCGAACAAGAUUCUGUUUCUGCAGAACUUCCCAGACGAAUACGAUGCGGAGGCGCUUACGUCUGUAUUUGGUCGUUUUGAUGGCUUCCGCGAAGUCAGACUGGUACCAGGACGACGUGGAAUUGCCUUUGUUGAGUAUGAUUCUGAACAAGGAGCUAUUUCUGCCAAGGAGAGCACUGGCGGGAUGUCUUUGGGAGACAAGACGAUCAAGGUUACCUACCAGCGCCAAUAA